AUCCUUGCCGCACAGGAAGUACAGCAGCUCCACCACAGCAGAAUUAGCAAACUAGCAGCUGUUAGCACGUAACCCUGGAUUUCUAAUUGAAUAAGAUAUAGAUAUUUUUUUUACCAUACAUGCUGCUUUAUUUAUAAGUUGGUAGUUGCAGGGGAACAGUUAAAGGAUAUCAGGACAAUGUCGGACAAAAAGCGAAGACGUGAGAAGGAGGACAGACGAGACCACAAGCGACACAAGACAUCCAAACAUGAUCUGGAGAAACUCAAAACACAAACGACUAAACUCAACCAAGAAGUCCAGAAACUAAAACACGUCGAAACAUUCUAUGAAAUGCCACCACCUGGACUCAUAAAGGAGAGUGACGAAAAACCAGAGGACUGCAUUCCUGCUGAACCAGGAAAUGAAGAAGCCAGGACCUUCCUGGCAAAUGCCCCCACUAGGGGGUUGUGGAUGCCUCUGGGGAAAGAAGUAAAAGUGAUGCAGUGCUGGAGAUGUAAGCGUUACGGCCACAGGACAGGAGACAAGGAGUGUCCUUUCUUCAUCAAAGGCAACCAGAAACUGGAACAGUUUCGAGUAGCUCAUGAAGACCCAAUGUAUGACGUCAUUCGGGAAAACAAGCGGAAUGCAAAAGAAACCAGGAUCAAGCAGCUACAGCAGCUGCUUCAGGACACCACCUCCUCCUCUGACACAGACAGCUCAUCCUCCUCGUCCUCCUCCGAUCACCAUCGCGGCAAGAAGCAGAAAAGGAGGAAGGACAAAAAGAAGAAGGACGCCAAGAAGAAAAAGAGAAAGAGCAAGCGAAAGCACAAGUCGUCCAAAGCCAGUGGCAGCUCGGAUACAGAUUAGGAGUGUGGAACGCGCGCGUGAAUUACGUGCUUCAAAAGUGGGAUGUUACUGUGAGUGAAGUAGCGGCAGAGGCACAUUUUUACACACAGAGGGUGAAGUGUGUUCUGCAGAGUGCAUGAGUGCGAGCUGCCCUUUGGAGCUGUACUCUUUCCUCAGCAGCCUUAAACUCUAAAGCUGCACAUAUCCACCGCGCAUGGCUUUCACCAGCCGUCGCAUCCGCUUCAGGGCGACGACUCGCAGUCACAUCUCUCCGUGUCACGUUAGAUCAGACUGCACCGCGCGGUCGUGUGUGUGCGCGCACGUGUACCUCGGUGCAUAUGUGUGUGUCAGAACGCAUCAACUGUGUUGGUAAUGAAUCUAAACUGUUGUGAAUUGAGCCCAUUGUGUAAGAUGAUAAUAACAACCUCUGUUGGCUUUAAUAUAAUACAGUAGCAUGUCUGCAAAGAGAUUUUAUUUUUCUGCUUUUUCACUGGAAUCAAAUAAUUAUUUUCAACUGUAUGUUAAACACAGAGCAGUGCGGAUAAAGAAAAACCAAGCGACGACAGUCAGAAUUUUGCUUCCACUCAACCAAGAAUGUUUGAAUACUUGUGACUGGAUAUAAAUAUUUGAAAUGA